AAGUGGGCGGCGGUCUGAACACGCCUGAGAACAGGCAUCAACAUCGUAAAAAAGAGUCCCCUCACUCUGAAGCAAUCCCCUAUUGUCAAGGUAACUGGUAGAAAUCCAGUUCUGCGUGCAUCCUCUCAUUCUACUGUACCACUCACUGUACGGGCAUUUUUUGAAAAGUAUUUCGAGCAUCCGCUGAGAGACCCCCCCCUCAAGAUGGAGUCAUCCAACCAAGAGAACUUCUUCGAGACGGACACGCAGCAGGCCAAGCGUCACCUGCGCGCCAAGAAGGAGGCAAACACCUUUGGCAACCCGCUGCGCAUGCCCUCCAAGAUCCUGGCCGUUAUCCCGGACCCCAAGAAGCCGCAGUCCUCCGUCCUCAUCGCCGAGUCGGGCGGUAGGGUGUCUCGUAUCAACACUGAGACACGAACCACCACCGCCAAGUACACCGGCCCCUCUGUCCCCGUAACGUGCCUCGCGACGGGCGGCGCCUCCAACGGCGUCCUCUUCGCCGGCAGCUGGGACAAGACGGUCUGGUCCUGGGACCUCGCCACGCGCCGCCCGCUGCGCCGGUAUGACGGGCAUUCGGACUUCGUCAAGGCCGUCGUGUGCGGCCGCCUCGGCGACAAGCCGAUCCUCGUCAGCGGCGGCGCCGACAAGAAGAUCAUCGUCUGGGACGCUGACUCGGGCCGCAAGCUGCACACCCUCCAGGACCCGACGACGACCAUGAUGUCGCUGCAGCAUCUCGCCGUCGACCCCGUGCUCAGCACCGCCGAUGAGAUAGUCCUCGUCAGCGCGAGCAGCGACCCGCACAUCCGUCGCUGGAGGAUCACCCUGGACUCGUACUCGCAGCUUCCCGUCGACGAGACGCCGUCCUCGGCGGACCCUGCGGCGGCGUCGUCCUCGGGCGGGGAGAAGCUGACGAUCCAGGAGCAUGAGACGAGCGUGUACAAGGUCCUCUUCGAUGUGAUGGGCGACGAAGUCGACUUGUGGACGGCCAGCGCCGACGGCACCGCCAAGUGCCUCGUCCGCGAGAGGGCCUUUGCGGCCGAAGACGUCUUCGAGCACGGCGACUUCGUGCGCGCCAUCGCCCUCACGGCCGACUGGGUCGUCACGGGCGGCAUCAGCCAGCAGAUCAAGGUCUGGGACCGGACGUCGGGCGCCCUGCGCGCCGUCGUGGACGCGCACUUUGACGAGAUUACGGACCUCGUUGUCCUCCGCGACCCGGCGGGGCGGUCGCCGGACGUGCUGUGCAGCGUCGGCAUCGACUGCACGCUGCGGACGUGGCCGCUGGACCACAAGGGCCUGGAGGCCGUCGUCGAGGAGAUCCGGGCCGCCGGGGAGGCCAAGGCCGAGGACGAGCAGGAGGGGGAGAAGAAGAAGAAGGGGGAGGGGAAGAAGGAGGAGGAGGAGGGGCUGAUGACCGCCGAGGAGGAGGCCGAGCUGGCGGCGUUGAUGGAGGAUGACGAUUAGGUAGUGAGGCGGAUUAAGCCUCGCCGGUGAAGGAACAGAAACGGAUACCCUGGAUUCUAGUAAUCCAACUGUGUCUCCGACAGGUCAUGGCCUUCGGGUCUACAUCUUCGUCACGGCAAUCCCUCGAAUCACGAAAGAGCACUACAUUCUGCUUGGUCGUUGGUCGCCUCCUUGCGGCAUUGGCCCGUCCGUCAGCUCUACCGAGUCUUCUACGACGCUCCUUCUGGUCGUGGAGCCCAUCGAUAAUUGCCUGUCUUUCUCGAACCUCAACCAACCAUACCAAUGCCAUCUAUACGGCGCGUCCUGGUGUGCGAUCUCACAACGAGAUAGUGAUGGAGCGAGACGCAGGAUGAAUCAAGUCGCAAUUAGGUAGACGUUCAACGAGACGAAACUCUCUAUUUGAC